ACACGCGCACAUGACCUAGAAGCUGUGUUUGGAUGCUGCUCCGCUCUCUGCUGACUCUCUACACACACAGUGCCUACGUCAAACUCGGCUUCCUGAAGAAGUGCCUGCCACUGUUCAGCCUCUGGAAGACGAGACGUGUCGCCCCGAGCCUCAGUUAUCUGUUCAUAUCUCAACUCUACAAAAACUUGGCUCUGAUGGCUGAAUCCAAACCUGUGUCUGUCCAGGUUGGAGAGAAGAGAGGCUGUCUCGAGAAUAAAGAAGACACACCAUCAAAGAAACCCAAAGUAGAGAGUGAUGACGAAAAUGGAGGUGAUCCCCACCAAGAUGAAAAGGAGGAGCCUGAGGGGGAAGGGAAUGAUGUUAAAGAGGAGGAUGGCGAGACCUUUGCUGAUAUGAUGAAGCAUGGCCUCACAGAGUUGGAUGUGGGCAUCCUGAAGUAUGUCAGUGAACAUGAGGGCUUCUCAGGCAUCCUAAAGGAAAGAUAUUCAGAUUUUGUGGUGCAUGAAAUCAGCAAACUUGGAAAGAUAGUGCAUUUGGAUGACCUCUCUAUCCCUGCAGAGCCUGAGGAAGUACAAGAACCUGAGCAGCAGCCAAUGGACACUGACGUAUUGACUGAAGAGCAGAAAAAACUUCUUGGAGAGCUGCAGCUCUUCAAGAAUAAAGAGGACAAUGUCUUCAUUGAGGUGAUGGAUGACACAAAAGAGAAAAGGACACUGGUCCACAAAGCCAUCAAGACUCUGUUUCCUGGUCUGGAAACAAAGACAGAGGAGAAGGAAGGUCACAAGUUCAUUGUAGCAUAUCACGCUGCUGGGAAGAAAGCACUUGCAGCUCCUAGGAAACACUUUUGGCCAAAAAACCGUGGCUGCUUUUGCCACUUUGUCUUAUACAAGGAGAAUAAAGACACUAUGGAUGCCAUCAAUGUGCUUUCAAAGUUCCUCAGGCUCAGACCCAACAUGUUCUCAUACAUGGGAACAAAGGACAAGAGAGCCAUCACUGUGCAGGAGAUUGCUGUGCUCAAGAUCACAGCGGAGAGAUUGGCUCAUCUCAACAAGUGCCUCAUGAACCUCAAGCUGGGAAACUUCUGCUACAAAAACCAUCCUCUGAAGCUGGGGGAGCUGCAGGGAAAUCACUUCACUGUGGUGAUCAGGAACAUCUCAGGAACAGAUGAGCAGGUCCGUCAGGCCCUGUCAUCCCUCAAGCAGACAGGUUUCAUCAACUAUUAUGGCAUGCAGCGCUUCGGCACCACGGCUGUUCCUACACAAAGCGUUGGCAGGGCCAUUUUGAGAAAUGACUGGAAUGAGGUAGUUGAUUUGAUAUUGAAGCCCCGUCCCGGAGCAGAGAAAGAGUUCCUGGUCCGCUGUAGGGAAGAGUGGGCCAAGUCUCAGGACCCAGAGGCUGCUCUGAAAAAGCUGCCCAACAAACGCUGCGUGGAGGGCCAGCUGCUACGAGGCCUAUCUAUGUAUGGCAGGAAGAACAUCGUCACAGCCUUCGCACUGAUCCCCCGUAACAACCGUCUGAUGUACAUCCACAGUUACCAGAGCGUGGUGUGGAACACUAUGGUGAGCCGCAGAAUUGAAGCCUUCGGCCUGAGGGCUGUAGAGGGGGACCUGAUUCUCAGAGGAACCACAGCACAUGUGCUGUCUGCAGAGGAGGCUGAGAAUCACACCAUCCAUGAUAUUGUGAUGCCUUUACCUGGGUUUGACGUCAUUUAUCCCACCCACCAUGUGGGUAAAGGUUACAAAGAGCUGCUCACUGCUGACGGGCUCGACAUUGACAACAUGAGACACAAAGUGAAGGACUACUCUUUGGCUGGAGCUUACAGACGUAUCAUUAUCAGACCCAGCGAAGUCAGCUGGGAGGUGAUUCAGUACGACGACCCCAGAAUUUCCCUGGUGCACACUGAUUUUGAGAAAAUGGAGAACAAACCUGCCCCGGUCUUCAAAACAGAGGGGAAGCACCGGGCUCUGCGUAUGGAGUUCUCCCUGCCUCCUUCAACCUAUGCCACAAUGGCGAUCCGAGAGGUUCUCAAGUUGGACACAAGCAUCAAAAAACAGACGCAGCUCAACACAACCUGGUUCAACUGAGACCAAAACACACAGAGCAGACUGCUUCUGGCUGCAAAGCACCUGUCUACUGUGGCUACUUUAAGUGUAGUGUGUGUGUGUGUGUGUGUAUGAGCAAAUGAUCGGGUUCUACAUGGAUCUAUGUAUCUUUGUAGAGCAACAAAUACUAUUAUUCAACCUUUUUUAAAUAAUGUUUUUACUUGCUCUAAAAUAUUUUCUGUGCUCAAAAAGAAUAAUUUGACAAUGAUUUAAUAACCAUUCUGAUUUCAGGGUGCUCUCACAUAGUGACUCUUGCUGCACAGGGUGAUCUGAUCUUUGUAUAGAAAUCAGAAUUUUUUUAUUUUAAACUUAAUGAAAAAAGCUUGAAGAUAGAAAUUAAAAUCAUUUCAAUGUUGAGUUUA